UGCAUUUCCGAGGACAGGAAACUAUGGGUGUGAAAGGCAAGUUGAUUGCUUCAAUGGAAGUGAAGUGUGGAGGACACAUGUUUCAUGAUAUUUUUCACACAAAUACUCAUCAUGUACCCAAUAUAACCCCUAGUAAUAUCAGUCAUUUUCAGAUUCAUGAAGGUGAAACCCUAAAGAUUGGUUCCGUUGUUAGGAAAUAUGAGGAUGGAAAAGAAAUGUUUGCCAAGGAGGUGAUUGAAGACUUUGAUCCUCAGAAGAAAUCAAUAAUUUGGAAGGUGAUUGACGAAGACCUGUUAGAGUUAUAUAAUUCUUUUACUGUUAUUUCAUCAUGUGAACAUCAAUGGGCUACAUUUACACUUGCAUAUGAGAAAAAGAGUGAAGAAAAACCAGAGCCCCUCGGUCUCUUGGCUUAUUUCAUUGAGGUGACCAAAGAUAUUGAAGGUCACCUUCUCAAAAAAGAAAAAAAAAAUAUUCAUGAUUUUCAACAGUUAUAUAUAUAUAUGCGCAAAAACUUAUGCAAUGAUGAAUAUUCUGCAAUAUUGGCUACUUCGAGCUAGCAGAUGAAUAAAUUAUGUUAUAUUUGAAGAAUAUAAAUAUUAGUUAUGUGAGUCAACCGCUAAAUAAUG